AAAAUGAGAAAAGAGUAGGAGAGGGGGUGGAAAAGGACGGGAGUAGCCUCAAUUCCACAGUUCUGGAUGAUCCUGUAGGCGUAUGAGCGGGAAUCUCAUGGGAACUCCUUUCUGUCCUCUUCCUUCUCUGUUUACCUUUUAAAAUGCCUUCCUCUUUCGCUAACUUCAUCUCAGCGGCAGCGCCAAAACAAAACACACCACCAUGUCCUCCUCCUCCUCCUCUCUCUCUCUUUCUCGCCAUUGCCUGUCUUCUUCUUUUUCCUUCCGUCUCCCAAACCUCUUCCCACCACCUGCACCCGGUGGCUGUUCGCUGAGGGUUAAAGACAAAGGCCCUGUGCUGGAAUCAAGCAUCCGAUGCAUUAUCAAAUGCAACGCCAUUUCCAAGCCUCCCACUCAAGACUACAGCGAUGUGCUUCAAAGUGGAGUGCCACUUCUAAAGUGGCAGCAGUUUGUGGAGGACGGCAUAGAAUCAGAAACCGCUGCCCAGGUGUCGGUUUGGGAAGAGAUAGAGGAGCGAGUGAAGUGGAUAAAGUCAAUGCUGAGUUCAAUGGACGACGGUGACAUAAGCAUCUCAGCUUAUGACACGGCUUGGGUGGCUCUAAUACCAAAAGUUACGGAGGAGGGAGUGAAGAGUCCGCAGUUCCCUUCUUCCCUUGAGUGGAUAGCCAAGAAUCAACUCCCGGAUGGGUCGUGGGGCGACGCCCAGAUAUUCUCACCCCACGAUCGCAUCAUUAACACAUUGGCUUCUCUGGUCGCCUUGAAGUCUUGGAAUCUUCAUCCCCAAAACACACGGAAAGGAAUAGCCUUCUUCAACCAAAACAUCUGGAAGCUGGAAGAGGAGAAUGCGGAGCACAUGCCAAUCGGGUUCGAGAUUGCUUUCCCUUCCCUACUCGAAUUUGCCAAGAAACUAAAGCUGGGAAUCCGGAGCGACUCCCCGGCGUUGCAACAGAUUAAUGCCCGCAGGGCCCUAAAGCUUGCGAGGAUACCAAAGGACAUAAUGCACAAACUGCCAACCACGCUACUGCACAGCUUGGAAGGCAUGAGUGGUUUGGAUUGGGAAAAGCUUCUAAAAUUGCAAUCUCAAGACGGCUCCUUCUUGAGCUCCCCAGCCUCCACUGCCUUCGCUCUCAUGCACACCAACCACCCAAAUUGCUUCAAAUAUUUGGAAGCGUUAGUGCACCGCUUUAAUGGUGGAGUACCCAACGUGUACCCUGUGGACCUGUUCGAACACAUUUGGGCUGUGGACAGAUUGCAACGACUUGGAAUUUCUCGAUUCUUUCACCCACACAUUGUUGAGUGUGUGAAUUAUGUGCGCAGACACUGGAGUGAAAAAGGAAUAUGCUGGGCCAGAAAUUCGGAGUUUCGCGACAUUGAUGACACGGCCAUGGGAUUCAGACUGCUCAGACUGUACGGCCACGAUGUUUCGGCGGAGGUGUUUAAGCAUUUCGAGAAAGAUGGGGAGUUCGUGUGCAUAGCGGGCCAGUCAACGCAGGCGGUCACCGGAAUGUUAAACUUGUACCGAGCUUCGGAUCAGGUAAUGUUUCCGGGGGAGAAAAUUCUAGCGGACGCCAAACAAUUUGCCUCCAAGUUCCUCAGGCAGAAACAGGCCGCCAAUCAGCUCUUAGACAAGUGGAUCAUCACCAAGGACUUGCCUGGAGAGGUUGGUUACGCUCUGGACGUUCCAUGGUUUGCAAGCUUGCCUCGGGUUGAGACCCGUCUCUACAUACAGCACUAUGGUGGCAAAAAUGACGUCUGGAUUGGAAAAACUCUCUACAGGAUGUUCAAGGUCAACAACGAUACAUACUUGGAGCUUGCAAAAUUGGACUACAACAACUGCCAACGACUGCAUCAGAUUGAGUGGGUUGAUAUUCAAAAAUGGUACACAGAAAACAAGCUGCGAGAUUAUGGAAUGAGGAGAAGCAGCCUUUUGUUCUCAUAUUUUGGUGCAGUGUGUAGCAUUUUCGAACCAGAGAGGGCCAAGGAGAGGCUGGCAUGGACCAAAACUGCUGCUUUGGUCCACACCAUUGCAUCCCAUUACAAGGAUGCCAAUGCCCACCAACGACGAGCCUUUCUCCAACAAUUUACCAACUUUCAUGCUGCUCAGCCAUACGAUAAUAAUGCAUGGAGAUCAGGCAAUAUGCAGCAGAAGGGAGGAGAAGGACUAGUUGGGAUUUUGCUGCGAACUCUAACAAAUAUCUCGUUGGAUAUACUGGUGUCGCACGGCGUCGACAUCACCCACCAUUUGCACCAAGCUUGGCAAAAAUGGGUGUUUAAGUGGCAAGAGGAUGGAGAUGUGCACAAGGAAGAGGCAGAGUUAUUGGUGCAGACAAUAAUUCUCAACUCAGGCUGUUCAACUUUGGAGGAUCUGUUGUCCAAUUCUCAAUUUCAGAAGCUUUCCAACCUCACAAACAAAGUGUGCCAUCAACUUGCUCACUUUAAAAAGCAUAAGCUAAAUAACGGUGGCCUCUAUAAGGAGAAAACAGACAACAAAAUGCCCCCAGAGAUAGAAGAAGACAUAAGGAAACUUGCGCAGCUGGUGAUCCAAAAAUCUUCGGAUGGCAAUGACAUUGACUCACCAAUUAAGCAAACAUUUCUAACAGUAGCAAAAAGUGUGUACUAUGCAGCUUAUUUCGAUGCUUGGACUAUCAACUACCACAUAGCCAAGGUCCUAUUUGAAAGAGUGUUCUAAUCCCAGCUACCCACACACCCAUGUUGUAUUGUCAAAUUUUGUAUAUUCUUCACCACAUGGGACACAAAAACUUUGGUCUGUGUUUCUUCUGUCAAUAAAAAGACAUCAUCUUUAAAACCCAAAUCAUUGCCACUUCGACAGUGAUCAAAAGUGAGACAACUCGACCUUUCGAUUUC